AUGGAUAAUAGACAGGGGAUUGAGAUGGAAGAUGAGUUUUUAGCAUUGUAGAGUCCUUAGCCCUUGUUUUAAAAGAUUGAUUGCUUUGUAACUUUGGGGUAAUACGAUUUGGAUGAGGAUGAAAAUGAAAACUUUCCUCAGCAUAUUCAAAUAGAGCAGCCAGAAAUUAAAAACUUUAGGCUUCAUAAAUUUUUUAAUGCUGAGCCUGAAGUUAAUUAAUUUGUUUAAAAGCAAUAAGAGGUUCAACACGAGCCAAGAAUGAGACCUUAACGCAAGAUGUCUCAGAGUUUGCCUUCCUUUAUGGAAGAAAUAGACACACUAAUUUCUCAGGCUAUUGAGAGAUAAAACGUAUUCUUGGAAUAAUAAAAGUAUAAUGAUGCUUUAAAUAACAUUGACAAUUUUACUUUUUUGGAGCAAUCUCUAUCUCAACCCCAAGUUUUCAAAUCCUUCUAUUCCCAAUACAUCCGAACUAUCAAUAAGUUAAAAUUGUACAGAAAAUAAAAACGAUUAGAUGUUAAACAAUUCAUGGCAUUUGUUUGCUCUUUAGGGAUUGAGUUCAUCUAAGAGACCUUCAAUUUAAUUCACAAGGCUGAUAGCUCAUGGUGUUUUGAAUUGCUCAAACUUGAAGGUCUCACGCAAUAAAUGCAAGUAGAAAAUCAAUAGCAAUUACUAUAAGAUUGUAAAUUAUAGAAAACCUAAUUUCAAUAACAACCUUUUUCAUAGAAGUAACAUCAUGUAGACAUUAACAAAGAGUAGUAUAAAGCAUAAUCAAUAUAAUCAGUUGAAUAAUAAUAGCAUGCUGUCAAUUAAUAGAGUCAAUAAUAAAGUGCUUUAAGCAUUGUAAAUGAAGCCAUUGAAAAGAAAGGAAGAAAGACUUGGUCAAAUAAGGAAAUGGAAACCUUGCAAAACUUUAUAAAUACUUACCAAAAUAGUUCAAUUACUAAUCAAUAAAUCUAAGAUUUGUCAAAGUAAUUGGGUAGAACUUGGUAUUCUGUGCAAUCCAAAAUACAAAAGCUAAAAAAGAAUGUCUAAGAUCAAUUGAGUGAUGUGAGAAGUUAGAGUAUGAAGGAUGAUCCCUCAAAGGAAUAAUUAAAGAUGUAAAGAAUCAGCACUAAAUAUGACUAUACUGUAGAAGAUAUGAUUAAGAUAACCCUGCAAUAGUUGGAAGGCAAAUGUGGAACCAAAUAGAAGGUUAUUGAAUCUAUUAAUCAAAACUUCUUCAAUGGAUAACUAUCCGAAGAUUCGGCUUGUUUGAGAUCGAUCUCAAUAACUCUAUCCAAUAAUAGAAGCCAAUUUAUUAGGAAAAUAAAGGGGUACUUUGGUCUAAAUGAGAAUUAUUAAGAUAGAGGGGAGGACGACAAUAAAAUGAGGAAUAAAUUAGUAUGGAUUUUACAAAAUCUACCAGAAAAAAGAGGUACUCUACAACAAAUAGUUGCAUCUUAUACUGAAAACUCAUUUUUAGAUGAAGCCAACAAUAAGAAAUUAUAAAAAUAGAUAAGCUAGACCUUAAGACUCAGCAAUCGAUUUGAUAAAAGAAAUGCUAAAACAAUAUAUAAAAUACAAGAUUGA